AUGGGGGAUGACGGCGGUGGCCGCGGCUCCGGGAGCGCCAGGGAGCUGCAGAAGCUCCGGCGGCAGGCGAUGCGCUACUACCAGGAGAACCAGGUCCCGCGCCGGCUGGAGGAGCUGCUCAACGCCACCUUCUACCUGCAGCCCGCCGACGUCUACGGGCACCUGGCAAACUGCAUGUCUGAAUUGGCAAUACCUCCCACCAUCUGCAAGGUAGUGGGGAAGAAUGUACUAGAUGGAUUGGGCUUUCCAACCCUACAAGUGGAAAUCUUCUGCACCGUUCGGAAUUUCCCCAAGAACAUUUGUUCUGCGGCGAUCUCCACACAUUUUCAAGUGCACGAGAACGCCCUGUCCGAGCUGCUGGAAGUGGAGGAGAUGGAGCGGUCCGAGGAGGUGAGCACAGCCCUGCGGUGGAUCAACGAAGAGCUUUCAGAGCAGCUCCAGGGCCAGAGACCCUGCAACCAGGCCGAGGUGGACCAGCUGCUCAGGACUUUCUUUGAAGAAAAAGUGCAAGAAGAAAAGGAGAAGAAAGAAUUGGAAAAGAAGAUAUCAGCUAUGCCCGUCCCUUCAGCUACAUCACCCUCUCCUCCACCAGCAGCCAGAAAGAAAGGGCAGAAGGCAGGGAAGAAGGAAGUGCAGGUAGAGAAGCCUGUGAUCCCCGCAGAGCCUGCCGAGCCUGUGCUCUGCGGGAGCCUGGCCAUCGGGGCCGUGUCCCUGGCCAUCGCCAAAGCCAGCGCAGUGCUGGCCCACAAGCCUCUGUACUUGAGCAUCGCAGCGCUGAAGCACACUGAGGAACCACCAACCAAGCUCACUGUGCCUUUGCUGAUGGUCACUCUGCUCAGCUGUGGCAAGUCCUCACCUGGGAAGCUGAAUCUGAUGAAAGAAGUGAUUUGUAUCCCCCAACCUGGAUUAUCAACUAAACAAGGUGUGGCGAUGCUUCUGGAAAUUCAGAAAUACAUUAACAGAAAUGAAAUGCUGCCUUCUCCAAAGACAGAGACCAAAAAAGGGCAUGAUGGAGGAAAACGAGGUCAGCCCUCCCUCUCCAGCAGGAUUUCCCACCUGGGCUGUCUAACCAUGGGCUUUGACACGCUGGAGCAGCCUCUGCAACUCAUCCAAGGCAUCUGCACCAACCUGGGGUUGGAACUGGGAACCAACCUGCACCUUGCCAUCAACUGCGCCGCUCAGGAGCUCAUGGACUGUAGUAAAGGAAAGUAUGAGGUGAUGAUGGGAAUCUACAAAAACAUGGCUGAGAUGGUGGACCUCUACGUGGAUCUGAUCAACAAGUUCCCCUCCAUUAUCGCCUUAAUUGAUCCAUUCAGGAAGGAGGACUCCGAGCAGUGGGAGAGCAUCUAUAACGCUCUUGGUUCCAGGUGUCACAUCAUUGCAGGAGCUGAGUCCAAAAGCAUCGCUAAGCUUCUGGAGGACGAAACCAUUAGCAACCCCAAGUCCAGUGGGUUGAUCAUCAGACACACAAACCAAACGACCAUGUCAGACCUGGUGACAGUUACUAAUCUUGCGGACAGUAAAAAGCUCAUCAGCAUCUUGGGAAGCACAGAGGGAGAGUCCUGUGAUGACAGCCUCGUGGAUCUGGCCACUGGACUCGGUGUCCGGUUUGUCAAGUUGGGAGGUCUUUCUCGUGGUGAACGGGUGACUAAGUACAACCGCCUUUUUGCUAUUGAGGAAGAGCUUGUCCAGAAUGGAACACUGGGUUUAAAUGAAGAACACACAUUUUCUGACUUACAUGAGGAAGCACAACAGGGUGCAGCCAUGCCUGAGGCUGAUGUCCAGGCUGGGGACCCGAAUGAAUUCCAGGAGCUCAUCUUCCCCACAGAAGUGCCCGAGCCGUCCACCUGA